AUGUCUUCGAACCAACCACACGCGAAUUUCCAGGCGCAGAAUGCCUCCGAUUACCAAAAUGCGAAUCAAUCCCAUCAAAGUUUGGCACAAAGUACCCCGCCACUUGAGCUAUCUGGAACGCUCAACCUCAGUGACUUCGAAUUUCCUUAUGGAUUUGGAGAGAGUACAGUAACACCAGGGGAGGCGAAGUUGAAUAAUACUUCAGAUCCAUUUAAUGUCACGACUUCCACCGAACAUCGAGAUUCCAUAUCAUCUAUACAUUCGAUCCAUCGAAAGGGCUAUGGUAGCAUAUCUGGACCGGCGGCGCGACAUGGUAGCUUGAGUGGAGGAUCAGAAGAAGCAAGUCCCACAAGCAAUCGAAUAACGGGAGUUUCUCGCCAAGGCGAUACAACUUUCGGUGAUGAUCUCAAAAUGAAUACGGGAGGCGCACAAGAUGGUAGUGAAGAGAAAAGGAAGGACAGAAUCGAUUCAGCACCUGCAUGGACAGAGCUUAAAACAAAGGCAGGAAAGGAGCGAAAGCGAUUGCCACUGGCUUGUACCGCAUGUCGAAGGAAAAAGAUCCGUUGCUCGGGAGAAAAGCCCGCGUGCGUAAAUUGCACAAGAUCGAAAAUCCCUUGUGUGUAUAAGGUUACAACAAAAAAGGCAGCUCCGCGGACAGACUAUAUGGGAAUGCUUGACAAGAGACUAAAACGAAUGGAGUCGCGCAUUACAAAUAUUGUGCCAAAGGAAGAGCAAAGCGGAACCCCUGCAGUCGUAAGAGCUAAUGUUAAACCUCCAAUUCCUGGAACGUUACCAUCCAAAACUACUGCUGGGAAAAAGCGCCCCGCGGAAGAAGCAUUUGGAGCCGAAUUAGAUGCAUGGUCAAAGUCUGCCUCGAAGCCUUUAAAGGAAAAUGGAAAACUGGGUUCGAAAUCCAAAUCGCUGCUAGCACAGGAGGAAGCAGAAAGCAGACUGCUAAAAGAAGGCGCAGAAAAGUUGCCUUCACGGGAGCUUCAAGAGCACCUGGCUGAGGUUUUCUUCGAGAAGGUUUAUGGUCAGACGUAUCAUUUAUUGCACAAGCCAAGCUUUAUGAUGAAAUUAAAUUCCGAGACACUUCCUCCUGUCCUGGUAUUAGCUGUUUGUGCCUGCGCUGCUCGGUUUUCCGAUCACGUUGAACUGACUAAUGGACAACCUUUCUUGAAAGGGGAAGAAUGGGCAUCGGAAGCUCGUGAUAUUGUUUUGAAACGAUAUGAUUGGCCGAAUAUCACAAUUUUGACAUGUUUGUUAAUUCUUGGCUUCCAUGAGUUUGGCACUUGUCACGGUGGUAGGAGUUGGUCUCUGGCAGGGCAGGCCAUCCGUAUGGCAUAUGCUUUGCAACUACAUCAAGACCUCGAUUACGACCCUCACAAGCCAAAGGUUGACGAGAGCGGCAAUCUGGUGAAAUUAAGCUUUGUUGACAGGGAAAUCCGACGGCGAACCAUGUGGGCAUGCUUUCUUAUGGACCGUUUUGAAUCUUCAGGCACUGGUAGGCCAACCUUUAUCAAAGAAGAGACUCUUGAGAUACAACUACCCGUGAAAGAGCAAAUGUUUCUGCUCGACAUCCCAGGACCAACGGAAAGUCUUCGUGGGGAGAUUGCACGUCCCAGCACGCCUAGUGGUCCACAGCAAUCUGAUCCCAAACAAAACUUGGGAGUAGCGGCAUACGUGAUUCGAUCAAUUGCAUUGUAUUCUAAUGUUAUCACGUACUUCAAACAAGGCGCUAGCGACAAAGAUCCAUAUCCCAUGUGGCAACCAGAAUCGAAAUAUUUUAGUCUCAUCAAACAAUUGAAAGACUUUGAAGAAGCUAUGCCACACGAUAUGGUGUAUAAUAGCGAGAAUAUUCGUGCACAUGAAUCUGAAGGGCUAGUAAAUCAGUUCAUAUUUCUCUACAUCGUCAUUCAACAAACCACUCUGUUCCUGAAUGACUUUGCGACACAUUUGGAACCUGGUGGACCUCUCUCUAACGCCCCUAAAGAAUUUGUUGCCAGAAUGCGCACAAACGCAAUGGAAGCAGCUGGUCGCAUCGCUCAACUUAUAAAUGAUGGAAAAUCUCAUCCCAUUACUGCCCCUUUUAUUGGUUAUUGUGCCUUCUCAGCCAGUAUCACUCUAGUAUUUGGAGCUUUUUCGGGAAAUCCCGCCUUGGAAGAGUCUUGUAAGCGAAAUCUUACAAUUACUCUGAAAUAUUUAGGAAUGAUGAAGAAGUAUUGGGGCAUGUUUCAUUGGAUGUCCGAAACUCUCAGAAAACAUUAUCAAAUGUGUGCUGAUAGACAUACUGCUGGAUCGAAUGGGACUUCAAGUUCAACAUUUCCCCAGUAUGGCGAUUGGUUUGAUCAAUUUCCACAUGGUGUAUCACAGUCUGACUUUGAAGAUCCUGCUGCCGCUAUCAAAAAGGAGAAAGGGGAUGAUGCUGUUCUUGAACAAAAAUCCGACUUGAAGACUGUAGCAAAUUACGUCAAAGAUCUCCCUUCUCCGGGUCCAAAACAACAACCAAAUUCAAAACUAGCAAGGCAAAAGCCCAAAAGAAACCAAUCUUCAUCACAACCUUCCCAAACCCCACAGAUGGAUCCAAUACAAGUGAUGGCUCCCAAUAUGCAAGGUGCACAUAUGGGAAUGCAAGUGUCUACCCCUUCAUCCUCACACCCUCAAAUUUCACCUCAGCAAGCAGCUCAAACUACUUAUAAUCAAAAUGUCAUGUCACCUACACAAUUUUUGAGUCAUCACGAACUGCUCAUGCCGACACAGCAGUCGCAUAAUAUGGUCCAACAACAACUCGAUAGACAGCCAGGGUUUGAUGGUUUCGCGGGCAUGGAUCAUUCGGCUAUGAAUAACAAUGGUAUGCGUGGCAAUAUGAACGUCAACGGCAUGAACGGCAGCAUGAGUGUUAGUAGCAAACCAGGCCCGAGUCACAAUGGAGAUGGAUCGUUGAUGAACUGGCCUGAUUUUGGCAUUGGCGGAAUGGGAAAUGUAUACGAUAUGAUGAACAUUGAAAAUGGGGUUUCUAAUGCAUGGUAUUCCCCGUUUAAUAUGGAUCCUCCUGACAUGGUCAUGGAUGUGGGAAUGAAUGCUGAUGAUGCGUUUGGGAGUAAUGCGUAUGGGAGAGAUUUCGAAAUGAGAACUGAUGAACAGAGUAUGAUAGGAAUGGGUAUGGGUGGUAUAAGUGGGAGUGGAGGUAUGGGUGGGCAUUGA